AUGCAGAUCAAUGUUUUCCAGGAGAAAACACUGGUGUUGAUGGCACGUUUCAGUUUUGGCCAUGACUCUAUGACCUAUUCCAAGGGUGAAGCCGGCAAGAACCAGACCAUCUCUGACGGGUUCAUCCUGCUGGGGUUUUCCUACCUUGGCGACCUGCAAAUCCUUCUGUUUCUGGUGCUUCUGGCCAUGUACAUAGUUACUCUGUUGGGGAACCUGCUCGUUAUUCUCCUGAUUAAGCUUAAUCCCUCCCUGCACACCCCCAUGUAUUUCUUCCUGGUCAACCUGUCCUUCCUGGAAAUCUGCUUCACCUCCAGUGUGGUCCCACAGCUGCUGGUUCACCUACUGGUGGAGGAAAAGACCAUCUCCCUUGCUGGCUGUGCAGCCCAGAUGUAUGUCGACACUAUUAUGUGUCUCACAGAAUGCUGCCUCCUCGCAGCCAUGGCCUACGACCGCUAUGCAGCCAUCUGCCACCCCCUGCACUACACCACCAUCAUGAGCGGCCGGGCGUGUGCACAGCUCGCGGGGGCUUCAUGGUUUUUUGGCAUCUCGGUGGAAGUAGCUCAGACCACUUGGAUCUUCAGCCUGCCCUUCUGUGGCUCCAACCGCAUCCACCACUUCUUCUGUGACAUCCCACCCGUGCUGAAGAUGGCCUGCGCCGACACAUCAAAAAACGACAUCAUGGUCUUGACUGUGACAGUUGUGUUCAUCAUGGGCCCUUUUCUAUUGAUAAUCCUGUCCUACAUCGUCAUUAUCUGCACCGUUCUCAAGCUGCCGUCGGCAGAGGGGAGACGUAAGGCGUUCUCCACUUGCUCCUCCCACCUCAUGGUGGUGACUUUGUUCUAUGGACUCGCACUGAUCACCUACCUGGGGGUCAAGUCUAGCUCUAGACCCGAGAGUGAUCAAAUGAUUUCCCUCAUGAACGUAAUUGUGUCACCAAUGUUGAACCCCAUAAUAUACACACUGAGGAACAAAGAGGUGAAGGGAGCCCUGAGAAAAACUGUAGGAAACACCCUCUUUCCACAGAACUGGAGAAAUCAGUGA